CCCUUCUUCCCACAUGAGGACGAGAAGAUGACUGUCACCAGCUGGCAGUCCUUCAAUGUCCUGACGGUCAUCUUCCUCUUGCUGUCCACGGCAGCCCUCUCGGCUCACUACCGAGUAUGUGAACCCUACUCCGACCACAAAGGGGGUUACCACUUCGGCUUUCACUGCCCUCGCCUCUCAGACAGCAACAAGACCUACAUGUUCUGCUGCCACCACAAUAACACCGCCUUCAAAUACUGCUGCAACGAAACAGAGUUCCAGAUGGUCAUGCUGAUCAACCUCACCAACGCCUCAGAUGGUUAUGCACACAAUAAUUAUACAGCCCUGGUCGGCGUCUGGAUCUACGGCUUCUUCGUCAUUGUGCUGCUGGCGCUGGACUUCCUCUACUACUCAGCCAUCAACUACGAGCUGUGCCGGGUCUACCUGGAGAAAUGGGGUCUAGGAGGACGCUGGCUGAAGAAGGCUCGCAGUCAGUGGCACAGGUCAAUGCCAGAGGAGAGCGAAGCCCAGCCUCCAGCCCAGCCCAUGGUCCCCGGCCACUACCAGCCCAGACACAGCCUCAGAGGGGAGAGCCACAGCCCGACUCUCCUUCCCUACAACACAUCCACCGCAUGAAUGAUUCUGCGAUUGGACAAACUGAAGAGUAGCAACACCUUGUUUCCUUACGUGGUACAGAGGAGAAGACCCAUCGAUGCCCCCUCCCUGGACCACAGACACAAACACCAGUGGUGGGCUAGCCAUACUGUAGUAGUAAGAAGAGACCACUGUCCCUUCCUAAUGAGCACAAAACACCCAUGGACCGACGACGGAAGUAGGCCGACAUGGCAUUUAGAAAAAACCCUCUGAACAAUGGCUGUCAGGAGACACAAAGGACUGUACUGCUGCUGCCACAGCAGAGGAGUGACACAUCCGACAGCUCACAGGUGUUCAGUGAUCCCCUGAAAAAGGCUGCCAAGACCUGGAGUAUCCCAAAAAGAUCCAAGCUGAACUGGAUAAACUGUACUCUACAGGCGAGGAGGCUUUCCUGUUUUUAAAAAACAUCUUUCUAGAUAUAAAAUGUUUAUUACACUGCUGUGUCAGUUUGUGUUCAGUAGCAGUUAGACACAGUGGUGGGUUAUCUAUUUGGUGAUUUAUUUAUGUGAACUAGUCAGAGAAAUAUAUGAGUGGUUAACAUUCGGAACAUGUAACAGCUUAGGUUGAUGCUGAGCAUCUCACUUAGAGUAGAAUGUUUUUGUUACUUACUGAAACCAGACAGAAAUGUAUCUGCAGCCAUGUUGAGAAAACAAUAUCUUGUAUGAAAUGUUUUAGAUCUCCUCUCUGCAAAACAAGGGAUUUCUCUAUAUAAUAACGUGUCUGACAAGGACACAACGCCAUACAGAUAAAACUGCUGUAGAUCAAAAGGCUUUAUAUUAGGUCAUCAAGAUUUUUUCUUUCUGUUAAGUAAUGCUGAGGAAAGGAAUCUUGACUUUUAAGUCAUCCAGCCAAAACAUUAAUGCUAUGUUCACGAAACGAGCGACAAAGCUACAAAAUGGCCAGGUGUAGCCAGUUACGUUGUCGGAGCGUUGCCGUGGAAGUGUGAAUAAAGGUUUUCUUCUGUUUUUAGAUGGAACAGAACAUCAAGGUGUGGAGGGGUUAGUCUGUAGCCUCAUGUCGCCGGCUUCCAUUAAAAAUGAAUUGUAGCCUGUUGUUCUGUUGCUCCUAAUGUAAACACAUAAUGAGGAUCAGGGACGCAUUGACAACAGCACAGAGCUUCAUGCUAAGUUAAACAUAACCGCAAUCCUUGGCUACGCACCUACAAGCCCAUUUGAGGCUAUUACUUAUGAAGUUAGUGUGAGACAGUUGCCUCGGUAACCUCAUCCGUUUACUUUUUUUUGCCCUUCCUCAUUACCGGAGCUUCCUGAAAAACAGCUCCAUUAGCAAUAUGAUGCAAAUGAUUAUCCAUUUGGUUCCUUUAUAAGGAGCGCUCUCUCCUACAUUGGUAGUGAUUGUAAGUGAUCAGCCAUAAUAGAAAAUGAUAAAAAACAUAAAAAAAACACAUUAAAACCCCUUUCACUGUCAGCAAUAAUGUAAAGUAGCUUAAUCAGACGGAUGACAUGGUAUGUAAAAGUCAGAGGCACCAGACAAAUGAGCGUUGGGUAAUCAUUGAGGUGGAAUAGCAGAGCUUUCAGUUUAGCUUACAUUUAAUAAGAAGGUGAAGUUACUAAAAUGGACAUACAGCAUUUCUGGAUAAUGACCACAUAUUGAAAACGGCCUCCAGCAAUUUCUGUAUCAGCGUUGUUAGGAGAAAAAAUUCACUUUUUAAAGAAAAACUUCUACAUUAGAGCUGCAACUAAUGAUGACCUGCAUCAUUAUCAUCUGGUCUAUAAAAUGUCAGGAUAUAGUGAAAAGUACAUGUUAUAAUUUCCGACAGCCACAAGCUAGGUAUUCAAAUUGCUUGUUUUUUUCAACCAACAGUACAAAACCCAGGAUAAUCGGUUAUGCCAUCAUAUAUGAUAACAUAUAACAUAUAAUAAAAUCUUCACGUGUGAAAUAAAUGUAAACUUGGAAAUAAAUUAUUGAUUUAUGAUGAAAAUGAAAUGAAUGAAAAUUACAUAAACAAAUGAAUCAACCAAAAAGUUUUAGUUAGUCGGACUAAUAGAUAAAUUGACUUAGCUCUACGAACAUCGUGUUUUAAGAUAAAGUAGUGACAUCAUGCCAAAAAUCUGAUUCAACUACUGAGAUAAAUUCUCUGCAACAGUCUGCAACAGACAAAGCAGCUGUUGGUGCCAGACUGUAUAUGAUCGAUAGGUACAUCAGAAAAGAGGUGUCAGUCCCAAUCUCGCAUCUGCAACUGGUACUCUGGCAGCUGCCGAGCCUGUGUGCGUACAGAAUCUCCGGUCCGUGCAAACGUAGCAAAUGUCCUCGCUGAAAGCUAACAAGAAAUACCGCUAAUUGCUCAGACAUGGCUUUUAGCCAGGCCAUGAAACCUGGGGUCUUGUCAUCAUAUCUGUCCUCUCUGUAUCAUGAAGUUUAAGUGGAUCCUCUGAACAAAACUCUGGGCUGGGCUUCUUCCUCAGUUAUCUGCAAUAAUAUUUACAUUUGCUAAGUUGUCAGAGCAGGUUAAUUCCCAUUUCAAUGGCUAAAGUUUAAUUGCAUGUCCAGGCUUGUGCUUUCAGGGGCAGAGAAAUAGGAUGUGUCCAAGUGAAAUAAUUGGCCCAGGGAUCUGCAGUUGUUCUAAAUUACACUCUCCUGCUCUCUUUCCCUAGCUGCCUCCUUAUUCCCAGAGUGUGAACUGGAGCAGCAAAAAGGGGAGGAGUUUUUAAACAGGUGCAGCAGCACAAAGGGGAUUUAAUUAGUCCUUAAUGCUCUAUAAGUGGGAAAAAUCUGAUGCGUUUAAGGUAAUGUCAUUUUUUCAGGGCUUUUGCUGUGUGUUUUGACCUGUAAUAAAGCAAAAGAGGUCUGUUCUCAUUAACAAUAAAGUAAAGAAAAACUUAAUUUUGCCUCUGACAAGCAGUAGCAGGGUCAAAUUUGGAUUAUUUCCCCCAUUUCUUAAAAUGUUACAACUUGGUUUUGUGAUGUUUUCUGUUUUGUUUGAAAACAGUCGUGACUCUGGCCUGAUGUGUGAUGUGGUACUGUAAAUCGUAUCAGCUCAACCCUCUAUCCAAAUAAAUAAAUAAUAAUGUAAAAAAAGAAGAAGAGAGCACACAUCUGUUUCAGCACACAUCUGUUUCAGUCUGUCAGGUUGUCAUGGUAACAGUUGCCUUACAGUUGAAUACCCCACCUGUACACAGAAGCUUUGUAGUGGUUGAUACCUCACUUUUUGGGUGUGGUGGUGAUGAUAAUGUGCACAAAGUUCUGUCUAUGUAAUUUACUACUAGAUAGAAUGACCAGUACCGUUUUCAGUUGGAUUGUUAUUGCACUUGUUGACUUUGUAUCGUCACGACAGGGAGAAAUAAAGUUUUAUCUUUUCC